AUGGCCCACUCCGAAUCAAAUGCACUUGGCAGGCGAUGUUUUGUGACCAUCGGUGCAACUGCUCCGUUCAACAGUCUCAUCAAAGCUGUGUUGGAGCCAGAUUUCAUCAAAACCCUUCAAGAGACUGGAUAUACUGAACUCCGGAUUCAGUAUGGCGGCCACGAGGGAGAAGGCAUAUUCCGGGCGAGGAGAGAAGAUUCUCAACACACUUCCGUGAACGGUAACUUCGAAAUUACAGGAUUCGGAUUCAACAAAUUAGGCCUCAGAGAAGAAAUGGCCGCGGUGAAGGGACCGGCGACGGGGAAUGAAGGGGUGGUGAUCAGUCAUGCUGGGUCGGGAUCGAUCCUCGAUGUGCUUCGACUAGGCAUUCCUCUGAUUGUUGUGCCAAAUACGGAUCUACUGCAUAACCACCAGGUCGAAUUGGCUGAAAUUCUGGCCGAGCAAGAUUAUCUUGUCCGUGGAAAGCUUGAGUAG